AUGCUCCCCACCUAUGUCCCUGUUCAGAAGGUUGCGGCAAACAAUGGUAUUGUCUAUGCUUAUCGUCGCCUUGGCCCCGCCGAGGGUAUUCCCCUUGUGUUACACAUGCAUGUGAGGGCCUCCAUGGGCUACUGGGAUCCCGUAUUCAUACGUCCACUAGCGAUGAAGCGCCCUGUCAUUAUGUUUGAUCCGCCGGCAGUUGGGCAGAGCACCGGUAACACCCAACGCACACCGACUGACAUAAACACCAUGGGAGAGGAUCUGAUUGCGUUCCUUGACGCUCUUUCUCUCGAUCUCAUUGACCUUCUUGGGUUCUCCAUUGGAAGCAUGGCCUGCCAAAUGGCAACGCUCUCAAUGCCAGAUCGAGUGAGACGUCUCAUUCUUGUUGGCGCGGAUCCCUCGGGGCCUAUUCCAGGAGAUCACUUUUGGCCCCGGACCGAUCCAAAUCUUGAUCGAUUCCUGUCUCUUCAACGGAGUGCCUCUGAGGCUGACUGGGAGGCCGCUUACACCCUCACGUUCUUCCGCAAUGAUGAUCAAGGCAGAGCGGCCGCCGAAUCUUACUUCAAACGCUUGCGGCACAGUGAGUUCAAUGAAAACGCUAGCGGUGGUGCACUACCAGCAUUCAACAACGUAGAAAGCUUCAUGAUACAAUUGGCUUGUAUCAAGCAUUGGUGUGCACCUGGUGAUAGAAACAAACACUCUUAUUACAGAUUGCACGAGCUUACAAUGCCCGUACUAGUCAUGACAGGCGACGAUGACUACCUGGUCCCUACGCCUAGGAGCUAUGAGCUUCUGGAUGGGAUCCCAAACUGCACGCUAGUCAUUUGGCCUCGUGCCGGACAUGCAUCCAUCUGGCAGUAUGCCGAGAACAACGCGGCAAGGGUCAACGAGUUCUUGGAUAGUAAUCCUGAUAAUUAUGUUGAACCCCGUUUGUGA